AUGUCACUAAUCUCCGCCUCCCACGACUCCCUCCCCUAUAUCGAACCCACCCCCACAGACUCCGAACUCUCCCAAAUCACCACCCUAAUAACGCGCGAGCUCCCCAGCACCUACCUCACCGCCCCACACCCCCUCCUUCCGCCGCUCGACGACGCCACCUUCAGCCCCGCCAUCACACAAGAGCUCGCCCGCGUCGCCGCCGGCGAGCCACUAACAGGCGGCAUCGACCUUACCCGGUACGAGCCCACCGCCCCUGUCGAUGGUGCUCCGGCGGCUGAAUACGAGAGCGCGCUCGCGUCUGCGUACGCGUCUGGCGCGCACCUCAAGACACGCCUUACGAACCUGACGCUGCUCAACGAGUUUGGCAAGAACGCGUGGCUUGUACACAAUUCGCAGCUCGAGCAGAUCCUGACGGGGCUGGAGGAGGAGCUGAUGGUGCUGAAGACGGAGUGCGAGGUUGUCAAUAAGGAGCGCAAGGGGCUGCAGAAGGAUGUGGAGGUUGAGUUGAAGACGCUUGAGGAGCGGUGGCGCAAGGGGAUUGGGAGGGUGCUGGAGGUAGAGGUGGCGGCGGAGAAGGUGAGGAUGGAGAUAUUGGAGAAGAGGAGGCAGGGGACGGCGGUGUAG